UAUGUGUUGUACACAUGGUUGUACAGUAUGGCUCUCGUUCCUUAUGUAGAAAAUGUGAUACCUGCGCUUUCUAAACUGCAAAAUUCAUCAGCACAGUUUCAUUUUGCUAACCACGACGUCUGUCUUGUCCAGGACUGGAAAAAGCUUGGCGUAGCAGCAGUUGUGUGGGAUGCGGCUGUCGUUAUGUGUAUGUACCUGGAGCUGGGGCAGGUGGAGAUAAAGGGGAAGGUGGCCAUUGAACUGGGAGCUGGAACUGGACUGGUCGGCAUUGUAGCAGCACUGCUGGGUGCCAAAGUGACCAUCACUGACAGAGAACCUGCCUUGGACUUCCUCUCCGCCAACAUCAAGGCUAACCUGCCCACAGACAUCCAGGAGUCAGCGGUUGUGUCUGAGCUGUCCUGGGGUGAAGGCCUUGAACGUUACCCAGCUGGGGGAUUCGAUCUAGUGCUGGGGGCAGAUAUCGUUUACCUGGAGGACACCUUUGUGCCGCUGCUGCAGACUUUGGAGCACCUGUGCUCAGACACCACGGUGGUGCUACUUGCCUGUAAGAUCCGCUACGAGCGAGAUACAAACUUUUUGAGCAUGCUGAAGCAGCGGUUCAGAGUCGAAGAGGUUUACUAUGAGAAAGAAAGAGACAUCCAUAUAUAUAAAGCUUGGAAAUUACCAUCUAGGAGGGACUUGUAAUGUCUGAGUGGUGUUCUUUUUUUGUAGUAAUUUACUGGAUUUAAA